CAAAUACAAACAUCAGUUUAAGUCCAAGACAUUUCAAUUAAGCAUACCAUCAUUUUGGAACUUAAUCAGCAAUAAUUCAAACACCGCUUGAAAUUGAAACAUCAAUAAAGAUGUUCUCAAGUGUCCAAUCCCUAUUUGUGAGCCUCUUGGGUCUCAACUUGACUCUGACUCUGACUCUGGCUGCCCCCUUCAUCGGCGAGUGUCCGGACAUCAGUGGGUUGAUAGUGGACCUGCCCAAUCUGGCAGACUACAUGGGCAGGUGGUACGAGAUAUACAGGGUGCCCAACUUCGAAGCGGGACAAGAGUGUGUCUUUGCAACCUACACACUGGAAAACGGUCCAAAUGGCACUUAUGUGCAGGUAAACAACACUGGCUACGGGCGGAAAGAUGGCUACUCUGGAAUAGUGGGCAGUGCCAUUCAACCCAACCCUCCUCUGGCUGCUUUGAUUGUCUCCUUCUCAGGAUACCCAUCCCAGAACGCCACCGCUCCUAACUACAACAUCAUCAGACUGGACACUUCCUCCUACGCUGUGAUCUACUCAUGUGACAGUGUGGAUAAAGUGGGCGCAGUUGAUGCUUGGAUUCUGGCCAGAACCAAGACCCUCCCUGAUGAUGUUAUUGCCGAUCUGAAGGGACUGCUAGCUUCUCUUGGGGUGAAAGUGGACAACUUGCAUGCCACUGUGCAGAGCAAUGACUACUGUCCAGCCGCUUAGAAAAAUUUCGAACUGAUAAUUUGACCUUAAAUUUUAAAAUUACAGAACAGAUGCUCCAAAAAUCUUCUAUUUAACCUCUUUUGCUAAGUGCGGAUGAACGUUGUAAAGACACCUAUAAAAGUUGUGAUGAGCUAUUGUUCUUCAUUUCAGCAAAAUUUAUUACGCGCUCAAAUUCGAUUUUUGACAGUUCCAGUUUUGAUUUAUUAUUUUGAAGUUCAAUUCAAAUUGCUAAAAAGAAA